CUUUACUUAAACUAAGAACUUCCACUUUGUCAAGCACUUAUUUUUCCGCCUUUAGACGUUGUUUUCUUCUGAGAAAGAAAUCUGGGAUUUGGAUGCAUAUCAAGAUGCUCUGAAGAACAGUGACAGCCCUUCGGGGGAUAGCCGCUUCAACAUCAUGACCAAGGACAAAGAGCCCAUUGUCAGGAGCUUUCAUUUUGUUUGCAUGAUAACCUUAAUAUUUGGAACCAUAAUCCAGUUCUCUGCUGAAAGUGAAUUUGCAGUAAAUGAGUCAAACAAAGGCCUUGCUCAUGUUCCAAAAGGCCUGCCACCCAAAACCAUAGUCUUAGAUAUGUCUCAAAACUACAUAUCUGAGCUUCACCUCUCUGACAUCAGCUUUCUUUCGGGACUCAGAGUUUUGAGGCUUUCCCAUAAUAGACUCCAGUACCUUGAUAUUAGUAUUUUCAAGUUCAACCAGGAUUUGGAAUACUUGGAUUUAUCGCACAAUCAGUUGCAGAAGCUAUCCUGCCAUGCUGUCACCAGUCUCAAGCAUUUAGACCUUUCAUUCAAUGACUUUGAUGCCCUGCCCAUCUGUGAGGAAUUUGGCAACUUGACUCAACUGACUUUCUUGGGAUUAAGUGCUAAACAUUUACAACAAUUAGAUCUGCUACCGGUUGCCCACUUGCAUCUAACUGGCAUCCUUCUGGAGUUGGAAGGUUAUUAUGUGAAAGAACAUGAGACAGAAAGUCUUCAAAUUCUGAAUACAAAAACACUUCACCUCGUUUUUCACCCAAAUAAUUUCUUCUCUGUACAAGCAAACAUAUCAGUUAGUAAUGUAGGGUGUUUACAACUGAGUAAUAUUAGACUGAAGGAUGAGAACUGUCAUGUUUUAAUUACAUUUUUAUCAGAACUAACUAGAGGUCCAAACUUAUUAAAUAUUACCUUCAACCAUGUGGAAACAACUUGGAAAUGUUUGGUUAGAGUUUUUCAAUUCCUUUGGCCCAAACCUGUAGAAUAUCUCAAUAUUUACAAUGCAACAAUAGUUGAAAAGAUUGAUAAAGAAGAUUUUACGUAUUCUGAAACAUCAUUGAAAGGGUUGAAAAUUGAACAUAUUACAAACAAAGUUUUUCUUUUUUCACAGACAGUAUUAUACACAUUGCUUUCUGAGAUGAACAUUAUGAUGUUAACCAUAUCAGAUACACCUUUUAUACACAUGCUUUGUCCUCAAGCACCAAGCACAUUUAAGUUUUUAAACUUUACCCAGAAUGUUUUCACAGAUAGUAUUUUCCAAGAAUGCUCCACUUUAGUUAGAUUGGAGACACUGAUCUUACAAAAGAAUGAAUUAAAAGACCUUUUCAAAGUAGGUCUCAUGACUAAGGAUAUGCCAUCUUUGGAAAUGCUGGAUGUGAGCUGGAAUUCUUUGGAAUAUGAUGGACGCAACAGAAAUUGCACUUGGGCUGAGCAUAUAGAGGUGUUAAAUUUGUCUUCAAAUAUACUCACUGACUCUGUUUUCAGAUGUUUACCUCCCAGGCUCAGGGUUCUUGAUCUUCACAGUAAUAGAAUAACAAGUAUCCCUGAAAAUGUCAUCCGUCUGGAAGUGUUGCAAGAACUCAAUGUUGCUUCCAAUUCUUUAGCCCACCUUCCUGGAUGUGAUUCCUUCAGCAGCCUCUCUGUACUGAUCAUUGACUAUAAUUCAAUUUCCAACCCAUCAGCUCAUUUCUUCCAGAGCUGCCAGAAGAUUAGGUCCAUAAAUGCAGGAAUCAGGAUGGGGGGGCAGUGGACCCAGACCCGACACAGGGCCAGGAACACAUCUUUACACGAACUCCAAAGAACUCUUCAGUUUCAUGCCUUUAUUUCGUACAGUGAACACGAUUCUGCCUGGGUGAAGAAUGAAUUACUACCAAACCUAGAAAAAGAAGAUAUACGGAUUUGUCUGCAUGAGAGAAACUUUGUUCCUGGCAAGAGCAUUGUGGAAAAUAUCAUAAACUGUAUUGAGAAAAGUUACAAGUCCAUCUUUGUUUUGUCUCCCAACUUCGUUCAGAGCGAGUGGUGCCAUUAUGAACUCUACUUUGCCCACCACAAUCUCUUUCAUGAAGGAUCUAAUAACUUAAUUCUGAUCUUGCUGGACCCCAUUCCACAGAACAGCAUUCCCAGCAAGUAUCACAAGCUGAAGGCCCUCAUGGCACAACGAACUUAUUUGGAAUGGCCGAAGGAGAAGAGCAAACAUGGACUUUUUUGGGCUAACAUCAGAGCUGCUUUUAAUGUGAAAUUAACACUAACCACUGAAAACAAUGACGUGAAAACUUAAAAAAAAAAAA